GAGCUGCUCGAGAUGGAUUCGGUGCAGAGCCAGGCGGGGCAUCUGAUCAAUUGGGCCAAGGGGGCCAAGGAGUGCGUCGACAAUGCUCUCCUGAAGUUCCUGUCUGAGAAGCAAGCGCUGGUGGCCUUCAAAGUGCCCGCCUCCGUCAUGCUCAUCCCUCCUCUGAAAAUUUCUUCCGCAGCCUCUGGCGCGCACCUGACAUCGUUUCGGGAGGUCAUGCAGUACGACAACUUGCAGUUGAGCUUCUCUACGACGGGGCAGUACGAGGCUGCAGGGACGGUGUGGAUGCUUGACCCGCUCGCCGCCGACACGUCCGACAUCGUCUCUAUCAGCCAGCUCGAUGCCGCCAUGGCGAACUGGACUGAGGAGAGGCUCUUGCUGUCUUCCGACCACCCGCCGUCGCGGCGCUACUCGUUCGACGUGCCGCUCCCAGCAGGAGUUGUCAACGCCAAGGUUGCCCAGCGCAUGACCGAGGGCGAAUCCACUGUUCUCAUGGCAACGGGAGUGCCCAUGCUGGCGGGGCACCCGCUUGUGAUGGCGUGGUAUGGCGCCAUGGCAGAGGCAUUGUCCGCCGGCAACAGUGAUCGCACAUUCAAGCUGUUUGAGGCAGCUUUGUCUGUGCCGAUCAGGCUGCGUCUCAGCCCCGACCCUGACGCCUGCCUGCUAGCGUCGCUGCUGUUCUCUGAGACCGCUGUGGCCGAGAACAUAUCUCUUCCGAAAUUGACCAAAGUCCUCACGACCUACGGGAUCACGUUCAAGGGCAACGCGCUCACCGAGGCACACGCCAAGGCUUUGAAAAGCUUGACGCCUUUCGUCGGGAAUCACGCUUGCGCCGUGGCUUACUCUUUGGCGGAGGCUUUCUGCCCCGAGCUCCGCGAACCCACGCUGUUGAUGCGGCUGGCGCAGCUCUGCAAAGCAAGGACGGCGCCCUCCCAGGCAGACAAGGACGCGGCUGCCUGCGACUCGAUGGCGUUCGUCCUGGACUGCUUGCGCGUUGCCCGGCUGACAGGAGCGAAGACGCAGGCGUUGAUCGACUUCGCGUGGGCCGUUUGGGCUGGCCACUUCGACGAGGAGCUCCAGGAGCUGGCCGCCAAAGACCUGCAGGGAGGUGCAGCCGCCUUCCUGUGGCACCGGUAUUUCACCGAUAGCACCAAGGAGAUGGGCGUCAAGUACCGCGCGCUGACCGCUGCUUGCGCGGCGGGUCCCAUUUCGACUGGCACUGCCGAGGGCGGGGCCUCUGGCGUGGUCAUGGGGGCGUCCGAGCUCGCGGAGGCCGACCAGGAGGACCUCAAGAAAACCAAGGACUUGCUCCUCUCUCUUCGCAGGAAGUCCGUUUCGUUCGUGGCGCUGCCGUCGGUUGGCGGAGCCACUGGCGCGGAACGCAGCACCGCCCAGUUGCAGAAACUCUGGGAAGAGAUGCGUCUCGGACAUAGGUACGCCAGGAAAAAGCAAGACGUCCGAGCAUUCGUUGGGUCGGCCGACCUGUUCGCCCCAAACGUGAGCAAGAGCGGGGCGGCGGCGAGCUUGGGCGACCACGUCGCUGUGGAUGCGGAGCGUUUCGGGCGGGUGCUUGAUUUCGUCUCGCAGAAGCGCUCGGUUCACGAUAUCGUCAUUUUCCUCGACGGGCGGAGCCGGUCGCGCCGCAAACUGCUCGAGGACAAAGAGGAGGGUCUCGCAGCCUCUGGCGCGCACGCUGUGACUGAGUGUUGGUGUGUGUAUGUGCAGCCGGGCAAGGCACAGGACCCCAGAGUCCCGGGAAGAGUGACUUGUUUUGCGUGCAACAACAAGGAAGUCGUCAUCUGCUCCAUCCCGAAAAGAGGCGUCAUGAAGGUAGUGCAGCGCGCGGAGUUCAACUUGUGCGGCGAGACCACGAGUUCGUACACGACGUACACGGGCGUGCCUAUGCGGCACUACCGCGAGCUGCCGCGGAUGACCCACGACACGAAGGCCUCGAUCUUGGGAAACGCAGCCGCUGGCCCGGUGAGAGGGAGGCGCGCGCAGAAAGACAUCGAGGCGAACGGGCACCCCUUCUCGCACUUGGAGGUCAAGCCAUUGAGCUUUUGGCAGCGGAUUUGCGAGCACCAUCACAUCACGCACAUCGUUGACUUCACGGCGGGGUCUGGCGCGUUGGCAAUCGCAGCCUCUGGCGCGAUGGAGUACGAGGGCGUGGCGGUCAACGAGGUGCACCGGGAGUGGCUCGACGCGACCUUGGACCGAUGCGCACUGUACAUGGCGGGGCAUGACAAGAAUUUCGCCCAGAAGCUCGGCGGCGAGGACGGUUUCGCUGAGAAAGUAGAGAAGUACUUCGCGGGAACGAUGAUGGAGGUGCGGCGCUUGCUCGAGCCAAUCGCGGACGAGGUGGACGGGGAUGGGGGGAGCUCGGACUCAGCGGAGGAGUAG